AUGACCACCGAGGAUUACAAGAAACUAGCUCCGUAUAACGUCAGGCAAAAAUCAGUGGACUUGGACGAGGAGGAUGUGCCGUUUACUCCAGAUGAACAUAAAAAGAGGACAGAGGCAGCCAACAGUGUCCUGAGACGCACUGCCAGCAGAGAACGUGCCUACGUCCUCUCGGCGGCCAAGAAAAGCAAUGGCAGCCCAACACAAGAAUUUCCACCCUUGUUCGCCAAGAGAAUCGAGAUAGAAGAGGAGGAAGGCCAGCAGAGGAGGAGUCCGACUGUGUCUGGUUCAUGCAGGUUUUCACCAGAUGACAACAGUACUAAUGGGCUAAGAAGAACCACCACUGAGUCUUCGUGGAAUGAGCUGAAGACAACAGCAGCAUCUCCCUCCAGCACUGAAACAGGCAGCGAGAGCCAAACCACCACAUCCUCAAGCGAAACUUCAGAGAAAAUCUCCACUUCUACUGAAAUCAGAAAUGGUGACAAGAGACAGGUCCCUAAUGGGAAACCCUCAUCUGAGACUGUGUCACAGCGUGGGGACGGUGACGAAUCUCUGAAGAAGCCUGAGCGGUUCCCAUGGGAUGAACCGGCCCCCAGAGCAACCGUGGCUUCCACGAGCAGAAGUUAUCCUGAACACACAGAAGCCAACAAUGGAUUUUACCCACCUAAGUCCAACCCUGAUGGCAGGGACGGGCUCGCAGAUGCUACAGACAAGCUGCACCACCAGUACGAGCCCUCUCGCUACUGGGAUGAUGCAGAGUCUGAACCUGCGAGGUCAGAGCCUGGCACUGGUGCUCACAGCGGGCAGAUGUCUAGCUUGCAGUCUGGUGUCCCUUCUCCUCCUACUGAGAGAGCCCCUGUGCACCUAGAGGACACAGAAUAUUCCUUUAAAAGAUCUGUCCUGGGCUACAAGGAGAGAAGCAGCACCCAAGAGAGCAGAUACACGAGUCCGGAGGUCCCAGCGUACGGCAAGCCGUACUGGAAUGAAGUGAUGUCUUCCCAAGAUUUCAAAGAGGGGAACGCCCCUAGAGAAAGGGAGCACGAGAGCACACGAGCCUCAGAUGACUAUAAACCAGAGCUGCUCCAGGAAGGGUUUUCAGACUCAAACAACCAUGCUGAGAAGGGACAAGAACCUCCUGACCAUGAUGUCCACCCAGAGCCUCCCAGGUCAAAGGAACAUUCUGACCAUGAACCCAGCAUGACUGGGUCCAGCGCUCCACCCAGAGAGAGCAGCAUCACUGCCCCAGAGACCCACUGUGCAGAGGAACCCGACCCACGGCACGGAAGGAUCACUCCAGCUUAUGAAGAACAAACCUGCCCCACCACAGACAGUCACCACGAGAGCCCAGGAGACUGGAGACACAAUGAGCCUGACCCAGUGGCAGCCAGGUCUAACUUCAGCUCACAAGAGAGCGCUCUCAGUGCACAUGAGACCCAGCAUGCCAUGCCACUGUACAUGGACCACCAGCCUUUGAACACCAGCGUGCCAGCACCCAGUCACAGGAUACCGUCCUAUGUAGACAGCCAAGUAUUCGGCACCAGAAGGCCCACCCCCGAUUACGAAGGGAGAGUUUAUGAUGGGAGAAGCAGCCCGCGGAGCAGCAGGUACGACAGCACCAGUGCCAGGGGGCUCUGCGAAUUCAACCCCACGGCCGGACGCCACGACUCCCUUCCCAGAGAUACCGCCAUGUCCAUUUCCCAAAGAAGCCACAGGGUGCCGUUCUACAUGGACAGCUUAAACUAUAACAGCACCAGGCUUCUCUCAAGUUCGAGUGAGAGGAUCAGCAGCCCGAUCACCACCUUACCCCACAACAGCCCAGCGACUGCUGGGUACCAGCCCGAUGCCAGCGCUGCCGGAAAAGGGGUCCUCUUUGUGAAGGAGUACGUGAACAGCAGCGAGCUCUCGGCCUCCCCGCGCCACGGCAGUGGCAGCCUUGUGGAUUUGACCGAUUUGGAGACAGCAACCUACAGCCACCACAGCUACCUGUCCAGCGCUCCCCUGCAGAGGUCCAGUGAACCCGUUUGCAGCUACUGCAGCCGCGAGAUCCGGGACUGCCCCAAGAUCAUAAUAGAGCAUCUUAACAUCUGCUGCCACGAAUACUGUUUCAGGUGUGGAAUUUGCCACAAAGCAAUGGGAGACCUUCUGGAUAAAAUAUUCAUCCACCGGGACAUCGUCCACUGUGACAAAUGCUACGAGAAACUCUUCUAGGGUUUUGCAAAGCUGGAGGAGGCAGCCAGUGGAAAGUCCUCAGCAGCACGUAUCGGAAUAGAUCUGGCAGUUCCUGACUGGCUAAGAUAGCAGAAUUCCUGCUCCCCUCUUUCCUCAAGUUAUUUUCCCUCUCACUGCCUCAUCCCAAUGAAUGAGUUUAACACCCGCUCGUUAGUGCUGUCAGCUGCAUAGGAGACAAGUGCCCGUGCUAACAGGAUCAGGCAGUGUCACCUACAAAGAUAAGUGGGCUGAUUUUCCAAAGGUGCUGAGCUGCUCCACCUGUCUUUAAUUUCAUUAAGAUUCCAGAGUGUUCCCUGUGUUGAAAGUCAGGCAGAGCUCCAUAGGUUUAGCUAAGCUAAUUGCAAGAAACCUUUUCUGAUUCCUUUUUUUUUUUU